AUGGAUUCCGCAUACUGGUCAUACGAUAACAUAGUCCCAAGCUUCCGUUUGGAUGGAAAACUAGUCAUAUUAACCGGUGGCUCUGGUGGUUUGGCUGCCGUGGUAUCAAGAGCUUUAUUAGCCAAAGGUGCCGAUGUUGCAUUAGUCGAUAUGAACUUGGAAAGAACACAACAAGCUGCUAGAGACGUCUUACAAUGGGGCGAAGAGCAAAUGAAAGGUAAAUACGAAUCACCAAUCGGUCAGGUGAGUGCUUGGUCAUGUAAUAUUGGCGAUGCUGAAGCUGUCGACUUGACAUUCAAAGCCAUCAACGAACACCACGGCAAAAUCUCAAGUGUCUUGGUCAACACUGCCGGUUACGCUGAAAACUUCCCAGCUGAAGAGUACCCAGCCAAGAACGCUGAAAACCUUAUGAAAGUUAACGGGUUGGGGUCAUUCUACGUUUCCCAAGCUUUUGCUAGACCAUUAAUCCAAAACAACAUGACCGGAUCGAUCAUUUUGAUCGGGUCAAUGUCCGGUACCAUCGUCAACGACCCACAACCACAAUGCAUGUACAACAUGUCCAAAACCGGUGUCAUUCAUUUAGCCAGAUCAUUGGCCUGUGAAUGGGCUAAAUACAAUAUCAGAGUCAACACAUUGUCGCCAGGGUACAUCUUAACCCCAUUGACAAGAAACGUUAUUAGUGGACACACCGAAAUGAAGACAGAAUGGGAAUCAAAGAUCCCAAUGAAGAGAAUGGCAGAACCAAAAGAGUUUGUUGGUUCUAUCUUAUACUUGGCCUCAGAAUCUGCUUCAUCAUACACUACUGGUCACAACUUGGUCGUUGACGGGGGUUACGAGUGCUGGUAA